AUGUCCAAACCGCAAGGCACGAUUCUCGUGACGGGAGCCAAUGGUGGCCUUGGCAGUGCCAUCGUUGCACACAUAGGUUCUACGCUGCCAAACUAUCACACUAUCUACGCCGUCCGCGAUAUAGCCGCGCCCAACCCAGCGCUGCGGUCUGCUCUCCCGGCCCAAGCAUCCUUUGCCCCUGAGAUUGUGUCCCUCGACCUGACCCGACUCUCCAACGUGCGCCAGGUCGCCACCGCGAUCAACGAACGCGUAGCGAGGAAAGAAAUCCCUCCCAUCCGCGCGCUCGUGCUGAAUGCCGGGUUCCAGGAGUUUCAAGAGCAGACGUGGACCGAGAAGUCCGAGGGCGGGUUCGACAGCAGCUUCGCGGCGAAUUACCUGGGCCACUGGCUGCUUGCGGUGCUCUUGCUGCGAAGUCUGGAUCCCCAGAACGGGCGCGUCGUGUUCCUGGGCAGUGUUGCGCAUGACCCACAUUACCCCAUUAUCGAGCGGCACUACCCGGAUGAGAAGUGGAAGACGUUCAUCCAUGAGAAUCUCGAUGCUAUUGCCGACGGCUCCUGGAGCACCACCGCAGAGGAUCCGACUUUGAACGGUGGGUUUCGUCGGAGUGAGCUUCAGAAGCGCCUCAGAAAAGACCCAGCCAUCAGUAAAAUCACCGUCGUGGGUGUUGAUCCCGGCACCAUGGUAACGAGCCUCGUGCGCCGCAACAACUGGCUUGUCCGCAACGUAUUCCACAAAGUCAUCCUCGCCAACGUCGCCCGAGUGAUGUAUUACACGACGACGAAUCCUCCGAUACGUUUCACUCAAACGUCCGCUCGAGACGUCAUGGAUGCUGCUAUGAACUCGCGGUGGCAGAACGGCGGCGUCUACUUGAAUGGCUCGGAGCCGGGAAGCAUGAGUGCGGAGGCCAGGGACGUGGAGAAGUCGGCGAUAGUAUGGAGAGACAGUGUGAGGUAUACCAAACUGAAGGAUGGGGAGACGGUGCUUGUCAAUUGGAAGUGA